AGAGAGAGAGACAGAGAGACAGAGAGAGAGAGAGAGACAGACAGACAGAGAGAGAGAGAGUGAGAGAGAGAGAGACAGACAGACAGAGAGAGAGAGAGAGAGAGAGAGAGAGAGAGAGAGAGAGAGAGAGAGAGAGAGAGUCUCGUUUCCUCGCCAACAGCGCGUCAUUUUUAGCUCCAGAGCGUGUUGAAUGUCUGGAGUUGAGUUAAGAGCAGAACACAGCCGGGGUCUUUGAAUGUGUUUACCCGUCAAUUUCUCAUCUAAUAUCGGCCGGAGAGGACAGAUUAUCAGACAGCAGAAGGCGGGGUGAGCCGGUGAGGUGUGGAGGAGAUGGUUCCUUCUGCAGGAUGGACCGGAAGAAAGCCGUGCCCGGGUUCGUCCCCUGCUGUCUCUUACUGGCCCUGUGUGCGUCUGCAGAGGUCACUGAGGUUGGGCACUUGAAUAUUGUGCAGAGUGCAGCUCCCCUCUCCUGUUCAGAAGGCUUUACAGAUCUGGGCUACUAUAAUGGCUCAGUUUCCCACACGGACUCAGGUUCCCCCUGCCUGAAGUGGACAGACUUCCCAGACUACAUGCAGCAGUACCCAGGCCGAGGUCUGGGGGACCACAGCUUCUGCCGAAACCCAGACCGAGAGGCCAACCCCUGGUGCUUCUUCAGGCAGAGCUCAGGUGCCAUCGGCUGGGCCUACUGCGACUGCCAUCAGGGUGCAGCCAGAUUGGUGGGGGGGUCAUCAGGCAAUAGCGGGCGCCUGGAGGUGUAUCUGAAUGGCCAGUGGGGGGCAGUAUGUGAUACACACUGGACCAACCGUGAUGCCAGCGUCAUAUGCAGACAGCUCGGACUGGGUGAGAUCGGUACAGCCCUGCGGCAAUCCUACUUCGGCCCAGGUUCCGUCUUCCACUAUGAGCGUCUGGGUUGCCGUGGUAAUGAGAAUUCCCUGCUGGAGUGCCGGAGCAGGAAGUUUGUCACCAGCGACUGUAACCAUGGCAACGAAGCAGGGGUGGUUUGUGCUGAGCCUGAAGGCACUGGCAUCCCUUUGAGGCUGGUGGGAGGCCUGGAGGACUUUGAGGGGCGCGUCGAGUUGUACCGUGAUGGUAAAUGGGGAACAAUCUGCAAUGACCGGUGGGAUGACACUGAUGCUGAGGUGGUGUGCCGACAGUUGGGCCUGGGGGGCGUGGCCAAGGCGUGGACAAGGGCCCACCCUGGCCAGAGUGCGGGUCCCAUCUUCCUGGAUGGGGUUGAGUGUUCAGGCAAUGAACUCUCUCUGGAGGAGUGUCCUCAUGACAUCUGGGACCAACACAACUGUGACCAAAUGAAAGAAGCAGGGGUGUCCUGCAACCCAUACACAGCAGACGGUGCAGUUCGUCUGGCGGGUGCAGACAGUCACUUGGAGGGACGCGUGGAGAUUUACCACCAGGGAGAAUGGGGCACUGUGUGUGAUGACAACUGGACUGAGCUCAACGCCCAGGUAGUGUGUAGGCAGCUGGGCUUCAGAGGCCGAGCAGCGGUGGCUCCUGACGGGGUGUAUGAAGAAGGUCGCGGCCUGAUCCUGCUGGACGAGGUGCAGUGUCGGGGAACAGAGGCCAAUUUACUGACCUGCACCCACUCUGUGUGGGGCCAACAUGACUGCUCCCACAGUGAGGAUGUAGGUGUCCGCUGUGAGAGGGGAGGUGAUACCAAUGAGAUACUCGGCCUUUUGCCUUCUAUUGGCCCUCUGGUGCGUUUGGUUGCUGGAGAGAGCAGGAAGGAGGGUAGAGUGGAGGUCUUCAUUAACGGCCAGUGGGGAAGUGUGUGUGAUGAUGGCUGGAAUGAUGUCAAUGCGGCUGUAGUUUGCAGACAGCUGGGAUUCACCGGUGUGGCUAAAGCUCGGUCCAUGGCGUACUUUGGUGAGGGUCAAGGUCCCAUCCAUCUGGACAACGUUCGAUGCUCAGGCACUGAGAUGUCCUUAGGCCAGUGUCCAGCUGUGGGUCAGGAUAGCCAUGACUGUCGCCACAGUGAGGAUGCAGGCGUCAUCUGUGACUACACCCUGGAUCCUUUGGGAGACGCUGCCCUGGCAAUGCAGACCUGUGGCCAAAGACUCAAUAACCAGCGUCGUCGACGCAGGAUUAUAGGAGGGGAUAAGUCACUGAGAGGCGAGUGGCCCUGGCAGGUGUCUCUGUGGCUCAGGUCUCAGUCUAAAGGAAACCAUCCUCUGUGUGGAGCAUCACUCAUCAGCCCCUGCUGGGUUGUGACGGCCGCCCACUGCUUCAAGAGAUUUGGCAGAGACCCGACCCGCUACGUGUUGCGCCUGGGUGACUACCAUACUGAGGAGCAGGAUGACUUUGAACGCACCUUGUCACCGGAACGCAUUGUUAUCCACAGGAAGUACCGCAGCCAGGGCUGGGAGUACGACAUCGCCCUGCUGCGGCUCAAAGGCACAGAGGGCAACUGUGUGGCAUUCAACCCUCACACUGGUGCCGUGUGUCUGCCAGAGCCAGGCAGCAAGUGGGAGAAGAGGCCUGCUGCCUGCGUGAUCACCGGCUGGGGCAUCACAGACUCAGAGUACUCCCGGACUCUGCUCCAGGCCUGGGUCCCCCUGCUUCCAGCCUGGAAGUGUAAGAAGCGAUACAGUGAUCGCUUCACCAGCCGCAUGCUGUGUGCCGGGAGCCUGUCGGAGCGCCACCGUGUGGACAGUUGCCAGGGUGACAGUGGGGGUCCACUGGUUUGCCAGGGGGAGGGGGGCCGUUGGGUGCUGACGGGAGUCAUCUCCUGGGGUCAUGGAUGCGGUAACCCCGCAUUCCCUGGGGUGUACACGCGUGUUAGCAGGUUCCUGCGAUGGAUUGACAAGGUCAUCAACAAACCCUACAAGACUUAAUAACGGAGAACACUUAGAGUUCUUUACCAUUGGCAAUACACAUUUCUCUUCACUGACAUUCAGCUCAGCACAACCCUUUCACCUCAUAUCCAAAAUGCUCCAAUGCAACCAAAACACUUACUACACAUCUCAGAAUCAACUCUUUUGUCAUUUGUCUCCCAACAGCAACACUUGUCCCUUUCCGACCAGAGGGAUUUUUGCAGUUCCUAGAACAUAACGUUCCUAGAACCCUUUUUUUCUUGUGUUCCGACUGGACCAA